UUUUCCUUUGCACCCUUUUCUCCUGCACGGAUCCUAGACCUGGCUGCUGCUGCUGCUGCUGCCCGGGGCCGGAUGAAACUUUCGCAGAUGUGCAAUGUCUUUCCACGUUGGUCGAGGGUGUCCCCGAGGCAGAGGAGGGGCCGCGGUGAGGGCUUCGACGCAAACCUUUCGACCCCAGAAUUUGAGACAGCUUCAUUCUCAGCAGCCUUCGGUUCAGUAUCCGUACGACCAGCAAUCCGUAACUCAGUCUGCCUACCCGAGUCCUCCUGCUGCGACCUACGUGCCUCCUAGGCCGGAUUUUGUUCCGUAUCCACCGCCAAUUCCCCCGUCACCUCAGGGCACCAUCAGCCAGUGUCCCCUGAGGCCUCCGUUUGCCGGCCACCAAGUGAGACAGAGUUUCCCGCUCCCUCCUUGCUUCCCCCCAGCUCCACCACCUGUCCCAAACCCUGGCAACCCCCCGGUUCCGGCAAAUGCAACCGGGCAAAACGCUUUCCCUUAUAUGAUGCCCCCUCCUGCCAUGCCUCAUCCCCUGCCCCCACCAAUUAUUCCCCAGCAGGUUAAUUACCAGCCUGUGUACUCUCCAGCCUAUUCGCAGCAGACCUUUUCCCCUCCUAACUUUAAUAAUUACCAGCACAACGCAAACUCUUACCAAAGCAGCGGCACGAAUACGAACAGCGGUGGCAACACCAAUGCGAAUUUUCGACACUCGACUCAGUAUGCGGUGGAAAAGCCCCCAAAUGAGCGGAGAUCUCCUGAGAGGGGAAAACACUAUGAGGAGCAUCGUCACCGAGACCACUGUCAUGGGCACGGAGAUCGGCAUCGGUCCACCAACCAUGCCGAGCGGCGGGAUCGAGGGAGAAGCCCGGACCGAAGGAGGCAAGAAGGUAGUCGGCCUAGGUCAGAUUACGUCAGGGGAAGAACUCCACCCCGCCACAGAAGCUAUGAAUGGUACAGGGACCGACAGAGGGACAGACACCGUCACCGUGACAGCCGACGGUCACCUUCUACAGAGAGAUCUUAUAGAAAAGAUCACAAGAGAACAGGAAGUCGGUCCCCCAGCCAAGAUAGAAAGAGACCUCGUUGGGAAGAGGAUCGGGAGCAGUGGUCUGAGAACCCCAACAGAGAGAAGAGCUACACCUCCAUCAAAGACAAGGAGCCCGAAGAGGCCACCACCACCGAUAAGAAUGAAGAUGACAACGAGGACCUGCUGAAGCCAGUGUGGGUUCGCUGUACCCAUUCGGAAAGCUACUAUUCGAACGACCCAAUGGAUCAAGUGGGAGAUUCCACAGUGGUGGGAACAAGCCGAUUGAGAGACUUGUAUGAAAAGUUUGAAGAAGAGCUGGGGAAGCGUCAGGACAAGGCCAAAGCUGCCAGGCCGCCGUGGGAGCCGCCGAAGACCAAGCUAGACGAAGAUGUGGGAAGCUCCAGCGACUCUGAUUGCGACUCGGAUGAUGACAGCUGUUCCAGCAGUUCCGAUUCCGAGGUCUUUGACGUCAUUGCUGAAAUUAAGCGCAAGAAAGCUCACCCGGAUCGCCUGCAUGAGGAGCUUUGGUACAACGACCCCGGACAGAUGAAUGACGGGCCCCUCUGCAAGUGCAGUGUUAAAGCCAGGCGAACCGGGAUCAGACACGGCAUCUAUCCUGGGGAAGAGCCUAUUAAACCUUGUCGGCCGAUGACCAACAAUGCCGGAAGGUUGUACCACUACCGCAUUACAGUGUCACCUCCUACAAACUUCUUAACAGACCGGCCAACUGUCAUAGAGUAUGAUGACCACGAAUACAUCUUCGAGGGCUUCUCCAUGUUUGCCCAUGCUCCUCUCACCAAUAUUCCUCUGUGUAAAGUCAUCAGAUUCAACAUCGAUUAUACAAUUCAUUUCAUCGAGGAGAUGAUACCCGAAAAUUUCUGCGUGAGAGGGCUGGAAUUGUUCUCUUCCUACUUGUUCAAAGAUAUCCUAGAACUAUACGACUGGAAUCUUAUAGGUCCUUCAUUGGAAAACAGCGAUGCUUCUUGUCCUCGAUUUCAUUUCAUGCCACGUUUUGUGAGGUUUCUUCCAGAUGGCGGGAAGGAGGUGCUGUCCAUGCAUCAGAUUCUGCUGUACUUGCUGCGAUGCAACAAGCCGCUGGUCCCCGAAGAAGAAAUCGCCAAUAUGCUGCAGUGGGAGGAGCUGGAGUGGCAGAAGUAUGCCGAAGAAUGCAAAGGGAUGAUCGUGACCAGCCCUGGCAUGAAGCCCAGCUCGGUCCGGAUCGAUCAGCUGGACCGCGAGCAGUUCAACCCUGACGUGAUCACCUUCCCCAUUAUAGUCCACUUCGGGAUACGGCCUGCCCAGCUCAGUUACGCGGGAGACCCCCAGUACCAAAAGCUGUGGAAAAGCUAUGUAAAAUUGCGCCACCUGCUGGCUAACAGUCCAAAAGUGAAACAGGCCGAUAAGCAGAAAUUAGUACAAAGAGAGGAAGCCCUGCAGAAGAUUAGGCAGAAAAACACCAUGCGGCGUGAAGUCACCGUUGAGCUGAGCAGCCAAGGAUUCUGGAAGACCGGCAUUCGUUCUGAUGUCUGUCAGCAUGCCAUGAUGCUGCCAGUCCUGACCCACCACAUUCGCUACCACCAGUGUCUGAUGCAUCUGGAUAAGCUGAUCGGCUACACUUUUAAAGACCGGUGUUUAUUGCAGCUGGCCAUGACUCACCCCAGCCACCACUUGAACUUCGGGAUGAAUCCAGACCACGCAAGAAACUCCUUGUCGAACUGCGGCAUCCGGCAGCCCAAAUACGGAGACAGAAAAGUCCAUCAUAUGCACAUGAGGAAGAAAGGCAUAAACACCUUGAUCAACAUAAUGUCUCGACUCGGACAAGAUGAUCCAGCUCCUUCCAGGAUUAAUCACAACGAGCGUUUGGAAUUCUUGGGAGACGCCGUAGUUGAAUUUUUGACGAGUGUCCAUUUGUACUACCUGUUUCCAAGCUUAGAGGAAGGAGGAUUAGCAACAUACCGCACUGCUAUUGUUCAGAACCAGCAUCUUGCUAUGCUGGCUAAGAAACUGGAGCUGGAUCGAUUUAUGCUUUACGCUCACGGGCCUGAUCUUUGCCGAGAAUCAGAUCUGCGUCAUGCCAUGGCCAACUGCUUUGAAGCACUAAUAGGGGCAGUUUAUUUGGAAGGAAGUCUCGAAGAAGCCAAGCAUCUGUUUGGCCGCCUGCUCUUUAACGACAAGGACCUGCGGGAAGUGUGGCUUAAUUAUCCUCUGCACCCCCUCCAACUGCAAGAAUCCAAUACGGACAGACAGCUGAUUGAGACCUCUCCUGUUCUCCAAAAACUGACUGAGUUUGAAGAUGCCAUUGGAGUGAUUUUUACUCACGUGCGACUUCUGGCCAGAGCUUUCACCUUAAGGACUGUUGGAUUUAACCAUCUAACUCUAGGCCAUAACCAGAGAAUGGAAUUCCUGGGUGAUUCCAUCAUGCAGUUGGUGGCUACAGAAUACUUAUUCAUCCAUUUCCCUGAUCAUCACGAAGGCCAUCUAACGUUGUUACGGAGCUCUCUGGUCAACAAUAGGACACAAGCCAAAGUUGCGGAGGAGCUCGGCAUGCAAGAGUUCGCCAUUACGAAUGACAAGACGAAGCGGCCCGUGGCAUUACGGACAAAGACGCUGGCAGAUCUUUUGGAAUCCUUUAUUGCUGCUCUGUACAUAGAUAAGGAUUUAGAAUAUGUCCACACCUUCAUGAAUGUGUGCUUUUUUCCACGACUGAAGGAAUUCAUUUUAAAUCAGGACUGGAAUGACCCUAAAUCCCAACUGCAGCAGUGCUGCUUAACUCUCAGGACUGAAGGGAAAGAGCCGGACAUUCCGCUAUAUAAGACCCUACAGACAGUAGGACCGUCUCAUGCCAGGACAUACACUGUAGCUGUUUAUUUCAAAGGAGAACGAAUAGGAUGCGGGAAAGGACCAAGCAUUCAACAAGCAGAGAUGUGCGCAGCGAUGGAUGCCCUGGAAAAAUACAACUUUCCUCAGAUGGCUCAUCAGAAGCGGUUCAUCGAACGGAAGUACAGGCAAGAACUUAAAGAAAUGAGAUGGGAAAGAGAACAUCAGGAACGAGAACUGGAGGAGAUGGAUGACCUAAGGAAAUAAGCCAUGGCGGAAGAAGCAACCGGAGUCCUGGCUUAGUUAAUAAUGCCUUUGAUGGUGACCUAUGGAAACCGAACCCAGAUUCGUGGAGACGAAUGAACGAAUUCCGCUUGUUGAUGAAAAAUCAUGUUUACUUUUAAUUGGUAUUUUUUUUUAGCAUUGAGUUUUUAUUUUGUUUUUAGUUGCAAAGUUUUAUUCGUAAAUCCUUUUUUUAAAAAAAAAAAAACAUAAAACAUUUUAAUUUUUUCCCUUGAGAAUUGUGUGUUUGUUUUCUAGCGUGUGCUUGUGAGACAAUAAAGGUAUUUUGUUUCAGA